AUGCACAGAUCAAACGCUAGGAUUAGACAAACCUGGCACAAUGAUGGGAAGGGUUCCAGAGGAUGUGAUGAUGAUGGAAAAGCUAGCACGCUGUUGAAUUCAGAUUAUUAUCAAAAUAUGAGUUUCCAGGCCCCAGAAGUUAAUGCGAUGGAUAGAAAUCAAGCUCAAAAGUAUUGUGCACACAUUAAGAGUGAUUCUGGAGUACGGGAAUCUCAUCUAGUAUUUUCAAGGUCCCUGAAGAGGGUGUCCCCCUACUGCUCAUCUGUUAUUGAAGCAAAUAAUGGACAUGUCCAGAAAAUAAGAGCAAUUGUGAAAGAAGAAACGAAGAAUACGGGGGUUUCUGAAUUUAAUAAUUCAGAUACCGAUGCCUGUUCUGUUGGUAGUUGUAGUGUUACUAGUCAGAGUCCAAACAACUACCAUAGUCAUGUCAUACCACUACCACUACCACUACCAUGCCAAGUGACAGAUGCUCCUUGCAGUGAUGUGGAGUCGUGUUAUGGUCCAGGCUCAGGCUCUGAGGGAAAAAGUGGUCCACGUCUCCCAAAAGAAGAAGUGGAAGCCAGGAUCCAUAGGGCCGCAAUUGGAGGCAUGCUUCAAUUUCUUCCAAAGGCUUAA